AGUGAGGGAUAAACCCCCGUGUGUGUGUAGUAUGGCGUAAGGCCAGGUCGUGUCGCCUCCAUGAUCGGCUCGCUAGGUGGUUACCCGGGCGCUCCUCUCUCCUUCGUCAGUGCUUCUCUUCCUCAUUCCUCGUGUCACCAUCCCUCCCUAGGGGCUCCUCCCGCCGUCAUCUAGUAUGGCCCAGCUGCUUCAUCUCCACGCUAGUGUGGAGAGUGAGUGAGGCCUGCUUGGCUAGGCGUGUGGCCCUCCUUUAGGAUUACUGUAUUUGUAAGAUUCCUGUGCACGAAGAUGUCUGAAAUAUGAAUUGAAGAAUAACAAGUCAAGCCUGGCCUUGGGCAGGCUUGGGGAGUAGAAGAACUCCCAGAACCCCAGCAGGUAUCAAGUGGAAUGCUUAGCUCAGGUGCACAUUCUCCCGGAACCCAAGGUCGCACAGGUUUGAGCGGACUGUAAUCUUUGGCAAAGUAUGAAGACUAAGUAAGUACUUGAGCCUGGAACAACAGCAAUAUCUAGAGUGUGUACAGCACUUGGUUGACCCAAUGAACUUUUGGGCAUUCACAAGAGGUGCAAGUAUUGGCAAGAGCUUGAAUAAUAAAAACUUGCAAAUGUUUAUAGAGUACAGUACAAUAUAAAAAGUGAGAAAGGAAAGUAGAAAGUUCUACAGUACAUACUUUGUCGACAAGUCUUACAUAAGUCGAUGCUUAGAAGAUAGAAUGACCAUAACAAGAAUGGUAUACUAAGAUUUCUGUCUUGGAGAAGUAUAGAACAAUAUUAACCACAGAAUAUGCCAAAAAAUUCAUAUCUUCUGGAUGGGUUGUCUGGGAUGAUGAAUGCUUCCCUUAGUACAUUGACAUAAUCUUCAAUUGGAUAGUGAGAUCAUCAGAAUAAUACACUUCAUCAGAUUUAAAGUAGAUAAGACGAAUUAUAUUCCAUCCUUUAGUUUCUGUGAACUUUGGGUGAGGAUUAUACACUUUCUAAGAUGCACAGGGGCACAAGGAUGUUUGGGACUUCCAGAGUGUUUGACGACUUAAGGAUGCAGGAUACCCCUGGAAUGUUGGGUAGUUCAAGGAUUUUUGGAGAUUCUAGGAUGCAAGAGGAUUUUACUUUCAUGGAAGAUUCACGGAUGCCAGGAAACCCAAGACAACAUGGAAGCUUACGAAUGCAAGGUGAGGAAAGAAUGUAUCCAGAACCAAGAAUGCAGGAAGAUUUACGAAUACCAAGAGAUGCAAGAAUGUUUCCAGAGCCAAGACUGGGUGGAGAAACUAGGAUGCAAUUAGAUUCAGUAUUUCAAGGAGGAAGUUCUAGGAUGCCCGAUCAUGCUGAAAUGUAUUCAAGAAUGCAAGGAGAAAUGGGAAGACCAGGUGACAUGAAAAUGCACCCAGACUCACAAACUGAGGAAGACCUAAGAAUGUAUCUAGAUUCUCGAAUGCAAGAGCAACCAAGAGAUGAGUCGGAUGAAAAUAUAUAUGACUACAAUCACAAACCUCUCACUGGACUUCCCAACAUCAGUGGGCCUAGUUCUCAUUCUCACACAAGAAUGAAUUCUCAAGAUGACAUUGGUCAUGGGAGGAGUGGGUACUUAUUGCAAUCAAAAUCCACUGGUCCAGAUUUACCUUUCAACUCGGCAAGUGAAAGUAUUACUUUAAAAAAAAAUGUGGACUUUAUGUUUAAUGCAACGAAAGGUUUCAAUCCAGCAAGGCAACAUGGUUCAAGUCAUAUACUUACACCAAGUUUAACGCUGACAAGUGGAUCACAAAAUACCGAUGGAGGAAGGGGAUUGGAAACUAGAGGACCACAACAACAGAAAAAAUGUUCGAAGGCAUUUGACUACCUCAGAGAAUGGAGAGUGAAGAUGAAUUUACCAACAGAUGCAUUCAUGGUAGAGAGAGAUAUACCAACAUCUAACCAACAGCAUAUUAAUACACCAGUUAGCUCUUCUAUUCAUCAUCCACAAAGUGAUAUCUACACACAUGAUCCAAGUACCUCAAAUACAGCUUUAAAACCAAUGGGCUGGACUUUUUCAACCAGUUCAUUUGCUGAAGGAGACACACACAGAGAGAGGUCUGGAAUUGGUUUUGAUGAGCCACGAGGUGAUAUUCAAUCAUAUACUAAACCACAAAGCUUUCGUGGUAGGCAGUCACAGGAAAAUAAAAGAAUGGAUGGUUCAACAUGGAAGUGGGGUUAUGAAGCAUCAAUUAAUCAAAGCCCUGGCAGAAAAAGACAUUCUGAUACAUUAGAACAGCCAAUGUAUCAUGAACGGGAUUUUUCUGUGCAGCCGGGUUCACCAAGAGCUAAACGACCUCACUUAUCCCCACCAUUUACACAAAUGGGUAGAGAUCAUUCAGAACAUUUUAGGGACACCCAUACAGGUUAUGGGAUGCCUCCCCAAAGUAAAACGCCUGUUUGUGAUGAGCAAUUAGUGGAUUUUAAAGUACAAGACAUUACAAAUUAUUAUUCACCAAAUAAUGCCUCUGGAAAUUGGAAAUUCUCUCCAUCAUUUCCCAGGAAACAUUCACCAGAUUCUGGAAGGUUAACAAGGGCUUCUUUUGAGAUGACAGAUCCUAGUCGGUCUUUAGGACAUAGGUCACAUUCCUUAGAGAUGAGAAAUUCUUCAAAUAGAGGCAAAUCACUACAGAUGUAUUCACAAAAUAGUCAUGAAAAGUCUCAGGAACUGACAUUGAGAGAUAGAUCAUUUAGAUCUCUUGCUCCAGGAAGAUCUCCAGGCCCACCCAUGAUGGGACAUUCUCAAGGUCCAAUAACUGGAAGACCUCCAGGUCCACCUAUGAGAGGAAGGUCGCCAGGUCCACCUGUGAGAGGAAGGUCUCCAGGCCCACCUAUGAGAGAGAGGCCUCCAGGCCCACCUAUGAGAGGAAGGUCUCCAGGCCCACCUAUGAGAGGAAGGUCUCCAGUCCCACCUAUGAGAGGAAGGUCUCCAGGCCCACCAAUGAGAGGAAGGUCUCCAGGCCCACCUAUGAGAGGAAGGUCUCCAGGCCCGCCUAUAAGAGGAAGGUCUCCAGGCCCACCUAUGAGAGGAAGGUCUCCAGGCCCACCAAUGAGAGGAAGGUCUCCAGGCCCACCUAUGAGAGGUAGGUCUCCAGGCCCACCUAUGAGAGGAAGGUCUCCAGGCCCACCUAUGAGAGGAAGGUCUCCAGGCCCACCUUUGAGAGGACGGUCUCCAGGCCCAAUUAUGAGAGGACGAUCUCCAGGCCCACCUAUGAGAGGACGGUCUCCAGGCCCACCUAUGAGAGAGAGGUCUCCAGGCCCGCCUACGAGAGAAAGGUCUCCAGGUCUGCUAAUGAGAGGAAGGUCUCCGGGUCUGCCUACGAGAGGAAGGUCUCCAGGUCUACCUAUAAGAAGAAGGUCUCCAGGUGCACAUAUGAGAGGAAGGUCUCCAGGUCCACAUGUGAGAGAAAGGUCUCCAGGUCCAUCUGCAAGAGGAAGGUCUCCGGGUCCAUCUGCAAGAGGAAGGUCUCCGGGUCCAUCUGCAAGAGGAAGGUCUCCGGGUCCAUCUGCAAGAGGAAGGUCUCCGGGUCCAUCUGCAAGAGGAAGGUCUCCAGGUCCAUCUGCAAGAGGAAGGUCUCCAGGUCCAUCUGCAAGAGGAAGGUCUCCAGGACCAUCUGCAAGAGGAAGGUCUCCAGGUCCAUCUGCAAGAGGAAGGUCUCCAGGUCCAUCUGCAAGAGGAAGGUCUCCAGGUCCAUCUGCAAGAGGAAGGUCUCCAGGUCCACUUGUGAGAGGAAGGUUUCCAGGCCCACCUGCGAGAGUAAGGUCUCCAGGUCCACCUGUGAGAGGAAGGUCUCCAGUAUCACAGAUGAGAGGAAGAUCUCCAGGUCCACAUACGAGAAGAAGGUCUCCAGGUCCACCUGUGAGAGGGAGGUCUCCAGUUCCACAUGUGAGAGGAAGAUCUCCAGUUCCACAUGUGAGAGGAAGAUCUCCAGGUCCACCUGGGAGAGGUAGGUCUCCGGGUCCACCUGGGAGAGGGAGGUCUCCGGGUCCACCUGGGAGAGGGAGGUCUUCAGGUCUACCUGUGAGAGGGAGGUCUUCAGGUCUAUCUGUGAGAGGGAGGUCUUCAGGUCCCCCUGUGAGAGGGAGGUCUCCAGGUCCCCCUGUGAGAGGUAGAUCUCCAGGCCCACAAGCUAGAGGAAGGUCUCCAGUUCAGCCAGCUAGAGGAAGAUCUCCAGGUCUACCAGCUAGAUCUCUCGGUCCAUCUGGAAGAGACAAAUCUUCAGGACCCACUAGAGAGAGAACUCAAAGACUAUCUACAGGGCAAUCAUCAGGUCUAUCUCAAAGAGGUAGAUCUCCAGGUGUUUCUGUUAGAAGAUACCCAGGAUCAAAUGUAGGUGGAAGAUCACCACAUAUUGAGUCUGCAAAACACUUUGGACAAAAAUUGACUGAUAGGUCUCCUCUCUUAGAAGAAGUUUCAUUGUCACCAAGAUCCAGUAAAUUUUGGUCUCCUGGAACUAAAUUGUCACAAGAUUUAAGAUCUCCUCAAAUAAAGCAGAGGAGGAAUUGGUCAUUGUCACCUGAAAGUCUUCAUAGAGGAUGCUCACCAGUCUCACCACAGUCUGUAAUGAACUACACAGGAGAGGUGAAUCCCUUCUCCCAAGAUAAAUUUAGUUCUGGAUCACCAAGAACUUUGAAACAGUCUCAGAUGAGCAAGUCACAACAUCGUUCUCCACAUUUACGAGGUUGCUCUCCUGUCUCACCUGAAAUUCAUUCAAGAUCAAAGUUGCAUCAUACACAAAUAAAAGGAAGAAAUAGCCCCAGCAGGGGUGGAGGGAGAAUUCCUGAAACACAAACGAAAAGCUCUGAAGUUGAACAGUCUGAGGAAUGUGAUACCCUCAACAUAAAAAAGUGGGAUGAACUUGAAAUAAGUCACAAAAGUAGAGAUAGUACAAAGAGUAAUAAUAAUAAGAGGGAAUGGGCAAGAGAGAAAAGUAGUAACAUUCUUAUUCCUCAAAAUGGAAGUAAAAAACCUACACAAAAUGUACAGCGUUAUGUUGAUGAGGAUUCAGGAAAUGUUAGACCAGCUGGGGAAUCAAAGAUGAACACUGAAAGCACACCAGAAGAAAAGUGGAAACCGAAAAGUAAAGAAGAGGAAAAUGAUGAAGAUUUACGAGUUCACUUGUUACGUCUUCGAGAGCAAAAGGUUGAACAGAAAUUAAAAAAACUGGAAGAAGAAAGUAUUGAAACAGAAUUCAUGUUGUGGAAAAUACAGAAGAAUAAGUCAUCUUUGAAAGAUAAAAGUCCAGGUGGAGAGAAUAAGAAGUACAUAGAUGAUGAUGAUGAUGACUUUCAUCAUUCUAGUGGAACAGGUGGUAUAUCUCCACAUUCUUUGAAGCGUCAACGCUCAUCUUCUCCAGCUGGACGCAAUGAUAGGCGUCCAGUACAGCGCCCCUUCAGGAAACCAAACAGAUUCUGAAAAAUAUACCUGUAGUACAAACAAGUGAUGCUUAUGCUUAGCCAGUUGCCAUCACAACAAUUCUCAACUUUACUAGAAAAGAAUAUAAAAGAUUUAUACAUUUGUUAGUGAUUAUGUUGAUUGUUUUAUAACUGAAAAUGAUGAGAAAACAAUGAAAGUGAUACAAGUUGAAAUAUGUUGAGUAAGUUACUAGUGAAAGUUUGAAAAACAAAAUUAGUGUCUUGAAAUAUUUUUUACCCUUACUAUCUGUACAUACUAGUAUUAAUUUCCACUUGUGCAUUGAACUUGAAUAAAGUAACAUUCAUAUAUGUUUAUAUUUAUUGAAGAGUUUUAGGCAAAAAGAAAAAUUAAACAAAAAUAUAAAGAAUAAUGAGAAUACAGUGAAUAUUAAUUAAUAUAAGACAGAUGUUGGUGGAAUUUGUGCUGGAAAUAAAUGAUGCUGACGACAUCAGGACACACGCCCACAUAUGCAUGCACACAUGUAUUUACUGGUCAAUUAAUGGUCAGAAGGCUGAGCCGAGGCACUGAAGCUCACUCCCCAUAAAAACCGGCAAGUACAUGUGUAUGCAAAUCGAUCUUGCAGAAAGCAGAAGUACUAGUAUACAUACAGAUGAACAUAAGCACCAGAACUCUUAUAUUAUAAGAAAAAUGUCAAAGUAGAGAAAUGCACAGGAUUGAACUCCAAAUAAUAGUUCAGUGUCAGAAGAAAAAAUAUGUAGAUCAAAGAUGAAGAUUACAGUAGAAUUAGCAUAAGACAGCCUCUAUUGGUUUAAGUUUAAAUGAGGCAUCUGUUAGUGAUUCUUGCUCAUAUGGGAGUAACAUCAAUAUACAUCAAUUUAACUGCCAUUCAGGGUUGGUCAAGUAAGAUUUUAUUUAUUGAGAGUUUGCUGAAUACAAAUAGUUCAGUGAAUAAUGUGAAUCUUGGAACAAUUUGUCUUUAUGAUUGGCCCAGCCAAAUAAAUGGCUAGGCAUAACCCUAUUACUGUACUGUGUUAACUACUGGUAAGGCAACAGUCUACAGAACAGUUUGACGAAGCUCAUCCUCCUUAUAAUUAGCAGUGAUGUACCCGAAUCCUUUGUACUGAUGCUGGUGUUUUCAAGAAAAUAAUUAUACGAAGUGUUGAAAUUGGGAGACUGAAGAUUGACAUACUGGAAGCUUAGGUUAACAUUUCUUGUACAGUGGACAGUCAACUGCACAUUAAUUUAGUUUACUUAACACCAUAAGGAAGUGCAAAGGUGAUCAGAAAUUGAGAGUACAUUACUUCUUAGAUUCUUACAAUAAAGUUUUGCUUAUUAGAGAAACUUUGUAAAAUGUUUUGUUUUAUUCAAUUUAAAAAUUGUGAUGUUUUACUUUAAAUAUUUUUUGAGUGAUACGUCAUGUCCUACUGUCCAGUUUUGAAAGAAUUAAUGUUAUAGUUGUUAGGAAUUAUAUUGCAUAAUGCACAUUAGUAAUGGCUGUGUAAAAAAAAUCACAAGUAAAAUUUUGACAUUUUUAUGCUCAAAUUUCACAAAGUAGUAUACAUUUACAUAGACAUCCACUUCAAAUGGUAGGUAGUUGUCAUGAUGUUUGAUUGUCAAGUGCAGUGCAAUUUACUCAAAUCUCUACCUGUAAUACAGAUGACACAAAGGUAAGUUUUAUUUACUAAUUAUUCUACAGAUUGUAUAUCUUGCAGUGAAAUUGCUGUAUUUUUGCAUAAUUUCUAAUUUGAGCCACUUGUAUUUCUAGAUACUGUACUGUACUGUAUAUGUUUGAGUGUGCAUUACUUAGUCAAGGCUAACUCCAUAUGAUCUUUCCCAAUAUAAGACCCCAUCUGCUUCAGGUUCUUCUUUCACUCUCAGAUUAUGAUUGGUUAACAUUUUAUAUACAGUAUCUUUGACUAAUGUUCAUGACUUUGUUAUAAUUUAGGUUUUGCAUAAUGUUUAUAUUUUUUUUUUUUAUAAUAAGUACCUAUUAUUCAGUUUUUCUAAUAGGUGAUUGUGUAAAGAAUGUUCUUUCUUUUUCCUCAAAAUUAAAAUGUUAUAAUUUAUAAUGAAGGUUUUAUUGGCUCAUUUAUUGUGUAAUGUACAGUAUAUCGUAACUCAUAAAUUUGAAGCUGUAUUUAAAAUUUCAGAAAACUCUCAAUUUAAAUACUGUAAUAGAUAUAUAUUAUUGUGAUUUGAAAUUUGAAUACUAAAGAAUUAAUGUGACCAUACGAAACAGUAGUAAAGGUUUUAUGUGUUGAAGGAUUUAUUAUACAGCUGUAUUGUAUGUUAUUGAGAGCUGUAAUAUGCAAAAAUAUUUUGUGUAUUUGUAGCUCAUUUAUUUCAGAAUUUUUUAAUGAUAUCUUAUGAGAAAAUAAACUACAAAUAAUACAUUGCAGGUACUUGUUAGUAGAUUAUUUUGAAGUUACAGAUGAUCAUAUUCCAGCAUCAGCGUUUAUUUUUCAUGUGCUUCAGUGAUUUGUACAAAAGUCUGUGUAUCUUUUUCUGUAAAUAAUUUUUAAAAGUAAGUCAGUCUGUUAGUGAUAGGCUACCUUGAUUUCAUAUUUUUCAAAUGUUCCCACCAGGAUAAUAACAUUGAUAUCAAUUAAUAAAUAUAAAAUGUAUUCAGAAGUGUAUUGUCAUUGUAAGUGUAAAAUUUAACAUUAAUGCAAAUAAACCAAAAGAGAGCUA